AUGCUACCGACGGCCGUAUGUGAUGCUCCCGCCGAACCCCCAGACUCACCUGGAGGGCCCAACGUCUCCGAAAGAGCGCAGUGCACGGGCCCCACGGCAGAACAGACGCCUCUGGAGUCAACCGCAAGCAAGCGCGAGACGAUGGCUGGUUCGAAUCCCCACUUUUCACAACGCUAUGAAGAAAUGGAGCCGCCGAUUCGUCGGACUGCUGGGAGCGGCCAGAAGCACUGGUGCUUGAUGGAGCAAAAUUCCUGUGGUUGCAUCCCGAGGACGCACGACUUGACCACAUUCCCCGCACCAGAGUGA